AUGCCGGCUGGCGACGUGACCAAGCUGCAAAAGUUGCUGGAUAGUGGCGUCAAUGUGGACGUAAAGGACGAAGAUGGUCUUACUUCACUGCAUUGGGCCAGUUCCACUGGAUGUUUUGAUGUAGUGGAGCUACUACUGGAGCAUGCACAAGUCUUUGUCAACGUACAAGACGAUGCUGGAUGGACGCCACUGAUGAGUGCUGGCUCUGCAGGACAUUGUGAAAUUGUUGGAGUACUACUGAGAAAAGGUGCCGAUGCAAACCUCGCCAAUGAAAACGGACAAAUCCCGUUGCACUACCAUAGAGGACGCCAAGAAAUUGCGGAGCUACUGUUGGACUAUACUCGGGAUGUUAACCAUGCGCAGAGCUUAAGUUCAUCACCUUCUGGAGAAUGUCUUCAACAGCGACAAGAGGGAGUUUAUGCUGCUGCUGAUGUACACGAUCAUACUUAA